AUGGCGGCGCCGGGUUUCUCCGGAGGCGCGCUGCCUCCCCGUUCGGCUGCUGCCACGAAACGGCGUGCCUUCGUGGCUCCUCAUCGCCAAUCCUCCUCGAUUCCCCUCACUGCCAACCUUCCUCGUCGCCAAGAAGGCCCUUCUCCCGGCGGCGGCGGCGGCAGGAUACCUCCUCCCGGCAGUGGCAGCAGCGGCUUACCUCCUCGGCUCCCCAACGACCAGCCUCUACUCGCCCCUCGCGCGUUGACCUUCACGGAGCCUCACGCCGCCACAUGGGACGCCGGCAGCACCGCAACAUCACCAGCAGAGCUCUAUGAGGUUGCCGGCGACGACUUCAGCCCCAACCAUUGGACGCCUGCCUACUCGGAACCAAGGGCUUCAAGUGCAGCUGGAUAUUACACAAACAUGAUCACACAGGAAGUGGGUGAUGAUUUGGAGUUGCUGAGGCAGCAGGAUGCCACUCCAAGUACUGGCGGCAAAGGAUCAUCCAAGCGAGGCAGCAACUACAGUAAUCUUGAAGAUAUCCAACUUUGCAAAUCUUGGAUUCAUAUCAGCAAUGACCCUAUCAUAGGGAAUGACCAGCUAGGAAAAACUUAUUGGGAGAGAAUCGCAAAUGAUUUCCACAAGAAUAGGGACUUUGAGUCCGAUAGGAGUGCAAAUUCACUCGAGCAUCGCUUUGGGAUCAUACUAAAGGAGUGCAUGAAAUUCCAAGGCUACUAUGAGGAGGUUGAGCGUCGUCAUCCAAGCGGCAUUCCAUACCAAGAGCAUCUGCUGGAAGCUCAAGCAAGGUAUGCCAGAAAAGCGAAGGGCAAAAAUUAUCAAUUCGAACAUUGCUGGCUCACGUUGAGGCAUACUCAGAAGUUCGAAUCGACACUUGAAGGCAACAAGAGGCCGGCCAAGUCCAGAGAGCUCAACCUCCCAGUAGGAAGUGAACAAGACGAUGAGUCAACCGCCCAAGGCCAAGAGAGCUCCUCAAUCCCUUGUGCCAAGAAAGCCCGACCUCCUGGUAGAAAGCAAUCCAAAGAGAAGCUGAAAAAGAAUGAAGGAGAUGACGAGUACAAGAAUAUGAUGCAAAACUUGAUGGUAAUGAAGACCGAGGAACAUAAGAUGAAGAAAGAAAGGUGGGAGAAGGAUAUGAUGCUUGAGCAGCGCAGGAUUGAGAUGGAGGAGCAGCGGCUACAGUGGGAGCAGGAACAGAAAAUUAUGUUUUGUGAUGUGACCACCAUGGACGAUGAUCAAAGGGCAUAUGUGUUGGCCAAGAGAGCGAAGAUUGCGAAGGCGAUGAGUGCUAGUGUUGGCGAGACGGCUAGUGGUGAGAGUGGAGUCUAG